GAGCUGGGUUGAAGUUUGGGGACAGCUGAGAAGAGGGCUGUCCCAUUUGAGGAUCAGCUGGUGUGAGCUACGAACUUACCAAGCGGCUUUCUGUCUUCUCUUUCCAGCCAUUCACAGGACAAACUACUUUCUAUUUGCUUUACCAUGGCGGCACCAGUCAACCCAAUGGAUGAACCAAGGAUAUACCAGCAAACCCUACUCCAAGAUGGCCUCUAUGAUCUACUGGAGAGUGAGAAACUGGUGGAUUGUAAACUGAAGAUCAAGGAUAAGGAGUUCCCCUGUCACCGGCUAGUCUUGUGCGCGUGCAGCUCUUACUUCCGUACUAUUUUCCUGUCCGACCUGGAUGAAAGCAAGAAGAAGGAGAUUGUGUUAGAAGAUGUGGAGCCAGGCGUCAUGGGGUUAAUUUUGAAAUAUUUAUACACUUCUAAAAUCAAUGUCACAGAGCAAAACGUUCAGGACAUUUUUGCAGUAGCGAAUAUGUAUCAGAUACCGUCUAUUUUUACAGUCUGUGUGUCUUUCCUCCAAAAGCGCUUGAGUCUCAGCAACUGCCUGGCCAUAUUCAGGUUGGGUUUGAUGCUGGACUGCCCAAGGCUUGCUGUGUCUGCACGAAAUUACGCUUCUGAGCGCUUCCAACUCAUCUCAAGGGAUGAAGAAUUUUUCCAGUUGCUCCCAAGUGAGUUGGCUGCCAUUUUAGCCAGUGAUAAUCUCAACGUCGAAACAGAGGAGGUUGUUUUUGAGGCGCUGAUGAACUGGGUGUCACGGGACCAUGAGAAUAGAGAGAAGGAGCUGCCUGGUUUGAUAGAUUGUGUGCGCUUACGACUAGUCACUGAGGAUUAUCUAAAAGAGAAAGUAGAGGCACACAAAUUUAUCAAGUCUAAUCAAGAGUUAAAACAAAAACUUCAGCUGGUUUGGGAUGCGCGAGCUGGAAAGAUGCCAGAGAUCCAGAAAACCAAAAAGCAGAGUAAAGAUGGAGAGGAGGCGGAGGAAGAGGAGGAAGAGGGGCUCCUACCUGGCAUCCUAAAUGACAACCUGAGAUUUGGGAUGUUUGGGCGGGAUUUGAUACUGAUGAUCAAUGACACUGGGACUGUGGCCUACGACCCAUCUGGGAAUGACUGCUACCUGGCCUCCCUCUCCACACAGAUCCCCAAAAACCACGUCAGCCUGGUCACCAAAGAGAACCAGGUCUUUGUGGCUGGAGGUCUGUUCUUCGAUGAGCAAAGUGAAGACAAUCCAAUGUGCUCCUAUUUCCUUCAGUAUGACCCCUCAACUGCGGAUUGGCUGGGGAUGCCUCCGCUGCCCUCUCCACGUUUCCUGUUUGGUUUUGGUGAAGCAGAGAACUCCAUCUUUGUUAUGGGAGGAAAGGAGCUCAAGGACCAGGAGCAAACGCUGGACUCUGUUCUGAUAUAUGACAGACAGUCAUUCAAAUGGGGUGAAUGUGAGCCAAUACCUUACCCAGUGUAUGGACAUGCAGCAGUAUCACACAAUGAUAUGGUGUAUGUGAUUGGAGGAAAAGGAGACAACAAGAAGUGCCUGAAGAAGAUGUGUGUAUAUGAUGCCAAAAGAUUUGGAUGGAAAGAAUUGGCUCCUAUGAAUGUUAGCCGGUCAUUAUUUGGUGCUGCUGUUCAUAAUGACAAGAUCUAUGUGGCAGCCGGUGUCACAGACGAUGGACUAACUGACUCUGUGGAGGUGUAUGACAUCGCUACAAACAAAUGGUCAGACCUGGAGCCCUUUCCACAAGAGCGUAGUUCACUAAACCUGGUGUCUUUGGGUGGGGCCCUGUUUGCAAUUGGUGGUUUUGCUAUGAUGCCUCUGGAAGACAGCGACAAGAUGGUUCCCAGAGAAAUGAGUGAUAUUUGGAGGUUUAAUGAAUCAGAGGAACAGUGGAACGGGGUCCUCCGAGAAAUCAAAUACGCCACUGGCGCCACUGUUCUUGGCGUCCGGCUCAACACGCUGCGUCUCACUAAGAUGUAAUUUUAAAGUAACUGUUAUGUAUGACUGUUUAUACUGAUUUAUGAUUAUGAAUUUGAAAAUCAACUACUCUAUUUUGAUAACAAAUAUAACACACAGUACAUUGUAAGGGCACUUUCCUCAUUAACAAAACCAUUUUGUAUACCGGUAUUUAUAUUCUCUCCAUCUUAAAUAUGAGUUAAGCUGGACGCACUGUAUAUAUGUACUGCAUUGAAUAAAGAGUUGGUUUCUUGUGCCCAUUGA